UGGUGCGUUUUAAGUUCUGCCAACCGCCAUUAAACAUCAUAAGAAGAACAAGAAGCUGCUGUGUUUGUACUGUAGAGCCUCAUCUAUCUUUUAAAUAUGCAGGCAGCAGAAGAGGGACACGUCGCCCCCAUGGAUCUACAAAAUAAAGGAUUCCAGAAGAAACUAAUAAAAAAGGAGGAGGAAGAAGAUGGAAGUUACUUUUGUGAAGGAACCAUAAUUACUGUGGAACACGUCCUCUCUGCGGGACAAUUUACCCCACUGGACCAACAGAAUGGAGGUUUCCAGAUGAAGCCUGUGAAGAAGGAAGAAUCUGAAGAUAAUGAUGAACUCAAACUAAACAACGAUUUCUCCUGCUCCUCGUGUCCACGUUCCUCUACAACCCAAAAUCACCUCCACACUCACAUCAAGAGCUGCAACCAUGAUAAAUAUGAUGCGCUGGUGAAGAUUAAGACUGAACAUGAGGAUCUGACACCCACCAGAAGCUCCAGUAAUCAGCAAACGUCCUCUGGUACUGUCAGCAUUAACACCUCUCUCAGUCCCACACAGGAAGAAGGAAACGUCUGCUCACAGUGUGGGAAGAGCUUCAGUUCCUGGAGGAAUCUAAAAAUACACCAGCGCCUUCACACCGGAGAGAAACCGUAUCAGUGCUCACAGUGUGAAAAGAGCCUUAGUUCCCAGAGUAAACUUAAAAUACACCAGCGCAUUCACACUGGAGAAAGACCGUAUCAGUGCUCACAAUGUGGAAGGAGUUUUAAUCAACAGAGUGCUCUAAAAAGACACCAGCGCAUUCACACUGAAGAGAAACUGUAUCAGUGCUCACAGUGUGGAAAGAGUUUUAAUCGUCAAAGUAAUCUCAAAAUACACCAGCUCAUUCACACUAAAGAGAAACCAUAUAAUUGCACACAGUGUGGGAAGAGUUUUAAUCAACAGAGUAAUCUCACAAAACACCAGCGCAUUCACACUGGAGAAAAACCAUAUCAGUGCUCACAAUGUGAGAAGAGUUUUAAUCGUCACAGUUAUCUCAAAGAACACCAGCUCAUUCACACUAAAGAGAAACCGUAUCAGUGCUCACAGUGUGGGAAGAGCUUUAAUCAACAGAGUAAUCUCACAAAACACCAGCGCAUUCACACUGGAGAGAAACCGUAUCAGUGCUCACAGUGUAGAAAGAGUUUUAAUCAACAGAGUCAUCUCAAAGUACACCAGCGCAUUCACACUGGAGAGAAACCGUAUCAGUGCUCACAGUGUGGGAAGAGUUUUAUGCUCACAAGUCAUCUCAAAGAACACCAGCGCAUUCACACUGGAGAGAAAUCGUAUCAGUGCUUACAGUGUGGGAAGAAUUUUACUCAACAGAGUCAUCUCAAAGAACACAAGCGCAUUCACACUGUAGAGAAACCGUAUCAGUGCUCACAGUGUGGAAAGAGUUUUAAUCAACAGAGUAAUCUCAAAAUACACCAGCGCAAUCACACUGGAGAGAAACCGUAUCAGUGCUUACAGUGUGGGAAGAAUUUUACUCAAGAGUGCUUGAGUGAUCUCAAAAGACACCAGCGCAUUCACACUGGAGAGAAACCGUAUCAGUGUUCACAGUGUGGGAAGAGUUUUAGAACACAGAGUAAUCGAAAAAUACACCAGCGCAUUCACACUGGGGAGAAACCAUAUCAGUGCUCACAGUGUGAGAAGAGUUUUAAGACAUGGAGUGAUCUAAAUGUACACCAGCGCAUUCACACUGGAGAGAAACCAUAUCAGUGCUCACAGUGUGGAAAGAGUUUUAAUCAACUGAGUUAUCUCAAAACCCACCAGCGCAUUCACACUGGAGAGAAACAAUUUCAGUGCUCACAGUGUGAAAAAAGUUUUAAUACACAGACUAAUCUUAAAAGACACCAGCGCAUUCACACUGGAGAGAAACCAUAUCAGUGCUCACAGUGUGAGAAGAGUUUUAAUUGUCAGAGUAGUCUCAAAACACAUCAGCGCAUUCACACUGGAGAAAAACCAUAUCAAUGCUCACAGUGUGGGAGGAGUUUUAAACAUCAAAACAAUUUUACUAUGCACCAGCGCAUUCACACUGGAGAGAGACCGCAUCCGUGCUCACAGUGUGGGAAGAGUUUUUAUACACAGAAUGAUCUCAAAAUGCACCAGCGCAUUCACACUGGAGAGAAACCCUAUCAGUGCUCACAGUGUGGGAAGAGUUUUAUUCAAAAGAAUCAUCUCAAAAUACACCAGCGCAUUCACACUGGAGAGAAACCAUAUCAGUGUUUACAGUGUGGAAAGAGUUUUAAUCAACAGAGUAAUCUCAAAAUACACCAGCGCAUUCACACUGGAGAAAAACCGUAUCAGUGCUCACAGUGUGGAAAGAGUUUUAAUCAACAGAGUCCUCUCAAAAUUCACCAGCGCAUUCACACUAGAGAGAAUUUGUAUCAGUGCUCACAGUGUGAUAAAAGUUUUAGUCAACAGACUAGUUUCAAAGAACACCAGCACAUUCACACUAGAGUGAAACUAUGUUACUGCUUACAGUGUGGAAAGAGUUUAAGUCAACAGAGUAAUCUAAAAAAACACCGGCGCAUUCACACUGGAGAGAAACCGUUUCAGUGCUCACAGUGUGAAAAGAGUUUCAAUCAACAGAGUCAUCUAAAAAAACACCAGCGCAUUCACACUGAAGAGAAACCAUUUCAGUGCUCACAGUGUGGAAAGAGUUUUAAUCACCUCAGUUAUCUAAAAAAACACCAGCGCAUUCACACUGGAGAGAAACCAUAUCAGUGCUCACAGUGUGGGAAGAGCUUCAGUACCCGGAGUGCUCUCAAAAAACACCAGCGCAUUCACACUGGAGAGAAACCAUAUCAGUGCUCACAGUGUGGGAAGAAUUUUAAUCGUCAAAGCAAUCUCAAAAUACACCAGCGCAUUCACACUGAAGAGAAACCAUAUCAGUGCUUACAGUGUGGAAAGAGUUUUACUCAAAAGGGCACUCUUAAAAUACACCAGCGCAUUCACACUGGAGAGAAACCAUAUCAGUGCUCACAGUGUGGAAAGAGUUUUAAUCAUAAUUUUCAUCUCAAAAAUCACCAACGCAUUCACACUGGAGAGAAACCAUAUCAGUGCUCACAGUGUGGGAAGAGUUUUAAUCGUCAAACUAAUCUCAAAGAACACCAGCGCAUUCACUCUAAAGAGAAACCGUAUCAGUGCUCACAAUGUGGAAAGAGUUUUAAUACACAGAGUUAUCUCAAAAUACACCAGCGCAUUCACACUGGAGAGAAACCGUAUCAGUGCUUACAGUGUGAAAAGAGUUUUAAUCGUCAAAGAGAUCUCAAAAUACACCAAUGCAUUCACACUGGAGAGAAACCAUAUCAUUGCUCACAGUGUGGAAAGAGUUUUAAUGAUCAAUGUUAUCUAAAAAAACACCAGUACAUUCACACUGGAGAGAAACCGUAUCAGUGCUCACAGUGUGGGAAGAGCUUUAAUCAACAAAGUUAUCUUAGAACCCACAAGCGCAUUCACACUAUAGAGAAACCGUGUCAGUGCUCAAAGUGUGGAAAGAGUUUUAAUGCACAGUGGAAACUUAAACAACACCAGCGCAUUCACACUGGAGAAAAACCGUAUCAGUGCUCAAAGUGUGGAAAGAGCUUUAAAACACAGGGUAAUCUCAAAACCCACCAGCGCAUUCACACUGGUGAGAAACCGUAUCAGUGCUUACUGUGUGGAAAGAGUUUUAGUUAUCAGAAUGUUUUCAAAACCCACCAGCGCAUUCACACUGGAGAGAAACCAUAUCAGUGCUUACUGUGUGGAAAGAGUUUUAGUUAUCAGAAUGUUUUCAAAACCCACCAGCGCAUUCAUAUUGCAGAUAAAUCGUAUCAAUGCUCACAGUGCGGGAAAAGUUUUAAACAACAAAGUCAUCUCAAAACCCACCAGCGCAUUCACACAGGAGAGAAACCGUAUCAGUGCUCACAGUGUGGGAAGAGUUUUAAUAAACAGAGUCAUUUUAAAGAACACCAGCGCAUUCACACUGGAGAGAAACCUUAUCAGUGCUCACAAUGUGGGAAGAGUUUUAAUCAACAGAAUUGUCUCAAAAUACACCAGCGCAUUCACACUGGAGAGAAACCAUAUCAGUGCUCACAGUGUGGGAAGAGUUUUAAUCAACAGAAUUAUCUCAAAAUACACCAGCGCAUUCACACUGGAGAGAAACCGUAUCAGUGCACACAAUGUGGAAAGAGUUUUCAUGCACAGAGCAAUCUCAAAAUACACCAGCGCAUUCACACUGGAGAGAAACCGUAUCAUUGCUCUCAGUGUGGAAAGAGUUGUAAUACGCAGAGUAAUCUUAAAGUACACCAGCGCAUUCACACUAAAGAGAAACUAUAUCAGUGCUCACAGUGUGCAAAGAGCUUUAAUACACAAAGUAUUCUCAAAAUACACCAACGCAUUCACACUGGAGAGAAACCGUAUCAGUGCUUACAGUGUGGGAAGAGUUUUAAUCAACAGAGUCAUCUAAAAAAACACCAGUGCAUUCACGUUUUACAGAAAUAAUGCUCUCAGUUUUGGAACUGCUUUGCUUAUUUUUUUAGCACUUAAACACAAGUGUAACACAUCAGAUUGUACCAAACAAGUAAAAAUAUAAGUGAAUGAGUAGAUGAACAGAUGUUGAGCACAAAGGACAUCAUGCACUGUGUAAUUUAGUGAAGAGGCUGGAUUACCUACACGCCGAAUAUGAAUCUUACUUUGAGCAGUGGUAAAGUUUAGAAGCCGAUGAUUCAAGUCGAGUCCAAACUCACAAAAACAUGAAAGGUGAACUGAACAACUGAGUCCACUUGUUUGGUAUCAGCCAUGUGAACUAUUAAACUUCAACUUGCAAAACUUUUAAACUAUUUCUAUUAAAAAAAAAAAAAAAAAAAAAAAACUCUCCUUUUAAAGUCUCGUACUUUGAAUGACUGUGUUACCUCUUUUUAAUUCAUAUGGCGUGGUGUGGCGUGCAGGAGACAAACUUUCCUUAAGAUCCCAUGAUGAAAUAGCUGCUCCCCACCAUGCAGGUUAACCACUUGGGGUCAGUAGGUGAUGCUAAAAGCUUAGUUUUUUUUGGGGGGAAACAACAUUUUAAGUUGGCUCACAAAAGAAACUUAUCUGACUGUAAAGCUGAACUCUUAAUAUCACUAACAUAAUAACAGAACUAAAUUUAAAUACUGAUUAUAUAAAUUAAACAGCUCUAAUACACAUAAAUCA